GUUCUAUAGGCAGUUCAUCUUGUUCGCCUUUUACUUUUCCAUAUCUAUGGUAUGCUUCGUGCUGCGUCCCGGACCGCCACCCACCGGUCUUAAGCCGCCAUUAAUCAACUACACUUCCACGUCGACCACGGUGGCCACCACGCCGUUUGACUUCAUGGACAACGAGUCGAUGUUGCCCGACAUGUACGACGAGAUGAUGAUCGGCGGUGGCGGUCCGACCGAGUUCGAGACGGUGCAGGUGACCACGGAAAUGGCGACGACCAGCGACAACGCGACGACGACCAACAACGGUAGCGGUAUCGGAACGCCACUGAUCUACGAGGACGGCGGCGGUGGAGGUGGUGGAGGUGGUACCGUGAGCUUGCACGGGAAGAGUUCGGGUUCGGACAGGGGCAAACACAGGAGCACGUGGAGUCCGGCCAACCAUACGUUCAAGACCAACUACACGUACAACUACAACAAAUCAAGAAAAUUUUGGUGGAACAAGAGACAAAAGGUAUGCAGAUUAAUGGCUGUGCACUCGACUGACGAUUUAAUCAGAAUGGGAUCGGAAGUGGGAAUGUUUAUGGGAGCAUUCCUCUAUCUUCUGGCCGCGGUCAGAGAAGCUGGUUUUUUGGGCACACAGAUGUUCAUUGAAAACUUGGUCAGUAAUCAGAAUUAUUAAUACCUUAAUCUUCAAAUAAAUAUAUUAGAUUAAAUUUAAAUACCUACUAUUUAAUCUUGCACCUCCAUUUCAAGUAUCGUCCUACUUACACCGGUAGUAACUAAUAAGUGAUACCCGUAGAAGAAAAUAGCCAAAGCUUUUGGGAGGGGGCCAAGUCUCCCAUAAUUUUAUUCUAAAAACGUGGCAUACAAAUCCAAAUUUAUUUACACCAAUUAUAUAUAAUUUAUAUUCAAUAUCUAUACACAUACCUACCUACUUUUUAUCUAAACGAAGUAAAAUACACAGCUGCAGACAAACACACAUAAAUGUGGUUAAAUAAU